AUGGCUCACACUCAGGCAUCUGUGGCUCUGGCUAUCGCUCUGACUCUGUGGUAUCUGGCGUAUCAGCUCUGGCUCAUGUCGCUCUGGCUCUGGCUUAUAGCUCUGGCUCUGGCUUGCUCUUUUGACCAUGUAUGGCGUCUGUCAAAGCAGAUCUUUGCUCUACAACUGGCAGCUCUGGCAUUUCAGCUUGGCUCUUCAGAUUCUAGGCGGCUUCUCAUACAGGAAUUUCACCUGUGGGAAAGGAGUCUCGAAAGGAGUUUCACCCUUGAAAAUCUCUGUCGGUGGCUCUGCAGAUGUUUCACUGUCUGGCUCUUUGCUCUGGCGGCUGCACAUGUGGUCCUCAAGAACUCACAAGACACGGAGUAG